UCUCUCUAUUUGUGACGAGAGAGAGAGAAAGUGAAAGUAAGUUAGAGUUCAUCUGUCGCCAUUUUAUGCUGUUAAAAUACGAACACGAGCGUCAAAGUGUUUAAUAGAAACGUUUAUCAAAGUUUAUGCAGGAAUUUCCGUGUAUCUUUAUGAUGUUAAAGCUGGAGGAUUUGAGAACCUGUAACUUGUGAAAGUUUGAUCAAGUGGAGGAGAUCAAACUCAUCAGAUUCUCCUGCAGCUUCAUCAUGGGUGAUUCACAAGGAUCCAGAGAUGGAGAUUUUUCUCCAGGAUGCAGUUCAGUCCAGCAGAAGAGCUCAAACCCAGAGUCCAGCUGUGUGUCUGUGAAGAGUAACUGGUCUAUGAUUGAGCCAACAAAUUUUAAGAGUGGAAACACACAGCCUGAUCCCAGGUCAAAUCUUUUAUCCAGUCCAGUUAAAAACAAAACUGUGAACACGCCUGUGAUUCGACCACAAGACUUUAAUGAAAGCAUGAAUCCUGGUUUCAGCCAUGACUCUAAACCUGAGGUCUUAAACACACUGAGAUCAAAUCUGAGAAAGAAGUUUGAGUGUUUGUAUGAGGGAAUAUCAAAGCAGGGAAACCCAACACUCCUGAAUGAGAUCUACACAGAGCUCUACAUCACAGAGAGUGAAAGUGGAGAGAUCAAUAAUGAGCAUGAGGUGAGACAGAUUGAGACACAGUCCAGGAGAGCAGAAACAGAGGACACACCGAUCAAAUGCAGUGACAUCUUUAGACCUUUACCUGGACAAGACAAACCCAUCAGAACUGUGCUGACAAAGGGAGUCGCUGGCAUUGGAAAAACAGUCUCUGUGCAGAAGUUCAUCCUGGACUGGGCUGAAGGGAAAGAGAAUCAGGACGUCCAGCUCAUAUUUCCUCUUCCUUUCAGAGAGAUCAACUUGAUGAAGGACAAAACACUCAGUCUUUCAGAUCUUCUUCAUGUCUUUUUCCCUGAAACAAAAGAAAUGGAAAUAUCCAGUGAUAAGUAUAAAGUUUCCUUCAUCUUUGAUGGUCUGGAUGAGUGUCGUCUGUCUCUGGAUUUUCAGAGCGAUGUGAGGUUGUGUGAUGUGACUGAAUCAGCCUCAGUGGACGUGCUGCUGACGAACCUCAUUGCGGGGAAUCUGCUUCCCUCUGCUCUCAUCUGGAUCACCUCCAGACCAGCAGCAGCUGAUCUCGUCCCCUCUGAGUGUGUCCAUCGAGUGACAGAGGUACGAGGCUUCAGUGACCCACAGAAGCAGGAAUACUUCAGGAAGAGAAUCAGUCAUAAGAGACUUGCCGACAGGAUCAUCUCACACCUGAAGUCAUCAAGGAGCCUCUUUAUUAUGUGUCACAUCCCAGUGUUCUGCUGGAUCUCAGCCACUGUUCUAGAGAAGAUGUUGAGUGAAGCAGAGAGUGGAGAGAUUCCCAAGACUCUGACUCAAAUGUACACACACUUCCUGAUCCUUCAGACCAACAUCAAACAUGAGAAGGACUAUGAGAAGAAAGUGAAAGAUGAAGACAUGAUUGUCAAACUGGGGAAACUGGCAUUUCAGCAGCUUGUGAAAGGCAACCUGAUCUUCUAUGAGGAAGACCUGAGAGAGUGUGGCAUUGAUGUGACAGAAGCAUCAGUGUACUCAGGAUUGUGCACUCAGAUCUUCAGAGAGGAGUUGGGCUUGUAUCAGGGGAAAGUCUUCUGCUUUGUUCAUCUGAGCAUUCAGGAACAUCUAGCAGCUCUAUAUGUGCAUCUCUCCUUUAUAAACAAGAACAUCAAUGUGUUUGACCAGAUUACCAAACCAACUAAAGCUUCACUAUCUGAUCUCCAUCAGAGAGCUGUGGAUGAGGCUUUAGACUGUAAAAAUGGGCAUCUGGACCUUUUCCUUCGUUUCCUUCUGGGUCUGUCAGUGGAGUCUAAUCAGAGUCUCUUACAAGAACUAAAGACACGGACAGGAAACAGCUCUCACAACAAUGAGAAAACAGUUCACUAUAUCAAAGAGAAGAUCAGUGAGAAUCCCUCUCCAGAUAAAUACAUCAAUCUGUUUCACUGUCUGAAUGAACUGGGUGAUCUUUCACUAGUGAAUGAAGCUGAACCUCAUAUGAGCUCUGGAGGAUUACGUAAUGUGAAAAUCUCCUCAUCUCAGUGGUCAGCUUUAGUUUUUGUGUUUUUGACCUCAGAGGAGACAAUGCAGGAGUUUAACAUGAGCAGCUUAAUUGGAUACACAAAUAAUCAUGACGCAGUAAAUACAGGAGAUGAAGUUCUUCAGAAGAUGCUGCCUGUGGUUACAGCAACUAGAUCAGCUAGGUUGAAGGAUUGUGGUGUCACAGAUGAAGGUUGUGCUGCUCUGGCUUCAGCUCUGAGAUCAAACCCCUCACACCUGAGAGAACUGGAUCUGUCUAGGAAUAAACUAGGAGACUCGGGAGUGAAGAUGAUUUCUGCUGUACUGGAGAAUCCUCACUGUAAACUGGAGGAACUAGAGUUGGGGUAUUGUGGUGUCACAGAUGAAGGUUGUGCUGCUCUGGCUUCAGCUCUGAGAUCAAACCCCUCACACCUGAGAAAACUGUAUCUGUCUGGGAAUAAACUAGGAGACUCGGGAGUGAAGAUGAUUUCUGCUGUACUGGAGAAUCCUCACUGUAAACUGGAGGAACUGUGGUUGAGGGAUUGUGGUGUCACAGAUGAAGGUUGUGCUGCUCUGGCUUCAGCUCUGAGAUCAAACCCCUCACACCUGAGACAACUGAAUCUGUCUAGGAAUAAACUAGGAGACUCGGGAGUGAAGAUGAUUUCUGCUGUACUGGAGAAUCCUCACUGUAAACUGGAGGAACUGUGGUUGGAGUAUUGUGGUGUCACAGAUGAAGGUUGUGCUGCUCUGGCUUCAGCUCUGAGAUCAAACCCCUCACACCUGAGACAACUGUAUCUGUCUGGGAAUAAUCUAGGAGACUCGGGAGUGAAGAUGAUUUCUGCUGGACUGGAGAAUCCUCACUGUAAACUGGAGGAACUGAGGUUGGAGGAUUGUGGUGUCACAGAUGAAGGUUGUGCUGCUCUGGCUUCAGCUCUGAGAUCAAACCCCUCACACCUGAGAAAACUGGAUCUGUCUGAGAAUAAACUAGGAGACUCGGGAGUGAAGAUGAUUUCUGCUGUACUGGAGAAUCCUCACUGUAAACUGGAGGAUCUGUGGUUGAGGGAUUGUGGUGUCACAGAUGAAGGUUGUGCUGCUCUGGCUUCAGCUCUGAGAUCAAACCCCUCACACCUGAGAGAACUGGAUCUGUCUAGGAAUAAUCUAGGAGACUCGGGAGUGAAGAUGAUUUCUGCUGUACUGGAGAAUCCUCACUGUAAACUGGAGGAACUAGAGUUGAGGGUUUGUGGUGUCACAGAUGAAGGUUGUGCUGCUCUGGCUUCAGCUCUGAGAUCAAACCCCUCACACCUGAGAAAACUGUAUCUGUCUGGGAAUAAACUAGGAGACUCGGGAGUGAAGAUGAUUUCUGCUGUACUGGAGAAUCCUCACUGUAAACUGGAGAAUCUGUGGUUGUUUAAUUGUGGUGUCACAGAUGAAGGUUGUGCUGCUCUGGCUUCAGCUCUGAGAUCAAACCCCUCACACCUGAGAGAACUGGAUCUGUCUGGGAAUAAACUAGGAGACUCGGGAGUGAAGAUGAUUUCUGCUGUACUGGAGAAUCCUCACUGUAAACUGGAGAAACUAGAGUUGAGGGAUUGUGGUGUCACAGAUGAAGGUUGUGCUGCUCUGGCUUCAGCUCUGAGAUCAAACCCCUCACACCUGAGAAAACUGUAUCUGUCUAGGAAUAAACUAGGAGACUCGGGAGUGAAGAUGAUUUCUGCUGUACUGGAGAAUCCUCACUGUAAACUGGAGAAACUGUGGUUGAUGGAUUGUGGUGUCACAGAUGAAGGUUGUGCUGCUCUGGCUUCAGCUCUGAGAUCAAACCCCUCACACCUGAGAGAACUGUAUCUGUCUGGGAAUAAACUAGGAGACUCGGGAGUGAAGAUGAUUUCUGCUGGACUGGAGAAUCCUCACUGUAAACUGGAGAAACUAGAGUUGUGGGAUUGUGGUGUCAUAGAUGAAGGUUGUGCUGCUCUGGCUUCAGCUCUGAGAUCAAACCCCUCACACCUGAGACACCUGGAUCUGUCUUGGAAUAAACUAGGAGACUCAGGAGUGAAGAUGAUUUCUGCUGUACUGGAGAAUCCUCACUGUAAACUGGAGGAUCUGAGGUUGAGGGAUUGUGGUGUCACAGAUGAAGGUUGUGCUGCUCUGGCUUCAGCUCUGAGAUCAAACCCCUCACACCUGAGAGAACUGGAUCUGUCUGGGAAUAAUCUAGGAGACUCAGGAGUAAAGAUGAUUUCUGCUGUACUGGAGAAUCCUCACUGUAAACUGGAGGAUCUGGGGUUGAGUUAUUGUGGUGUCACAGAUGAAGGUUGUGCUGCUCUGGCUUCAGCUCUGAGAUCAAACCCCUCACACCUGAGACAACUGCAUCUGUCUGAGAAUAAACUAGGAGACUCGGGAGUGAAGAUGAUUUCUGCUGUACUGGAGAAUCCUCACUGUAAACUGGAGGAUCUGUGGUUGAAGGAUUGUGGUGUCACAGAUGAAGGUUGUGCUGCUCUGGCUUCAGCUCUGAGAUCAAACCCCUCACACCUGAGAGAACUGUAUCUGUCUAGGAAUAAUCUAGGAGACUCGGGAGUGAAGAUGAUUUCUGCUGGACUGGAGAAUCCUCACUGUAAACUGGAGGAUCUGGGGUUGGAGGAUUGUGGUGUCACAGAUGAAGGUUGUGCUGCUGUGGCUUCAGCUCUGAGAUCAAACCCCUCACACCCGAGAGAACUGGAUCUGUCUAGGAAUAAACUAGGAGACUCGAGAGUGAAGAUGAUUUCUGCUGUAAUGAAGAAUCCUCACUGUAAACUGGAGAAUCUGUGGUUGUGGGAUUGUGGUGUCACAGAUGAAGGUUGUGCUGCUCUGGCUUCAGCUCUGAGAUCAAACCCCUCACACCUGAGAAAACUGUAUCUGUCUGGGAAUAAACUAGGAGACUCGGGAGUGAAGAUGAUUUCUGCUGUACUGGAGAAUCCUCACUGUAAACUGGAGGAACUGUGGUUGGAGUAUUGUGGUGUCACAGAUGAAGGUUGUGCUGCUCUGGCUUCAGCUCUGAGAUCAAACCCCUCACACCUGAGAGAACUGGAUCUGUCUAGGAAUAAUCUAGGAGACUCGGGAGUGAAGAUGAUUUCUGCUGUACUGGAGAAUCCUCACUGUAAACUGGAGGAACUAGAGUUGUGGGAUUGUGGUGUCACAGAUGAAGGUUGUGCUGCUCUGGCUUCAGCUCUGAGAUCAAACCCCUCACACCUGAGAAAACUGUAUCUGUCUGGGAAUAAACUAGGAGACUCGGGAGUGAAGAUGAUUUCUGCUGUACUGGAGAAUCCUCACUGUAAACUGGAGGAACUGUGGUUGAUGGAUUGUGGUGUCACAGAUGAAGGUUGUGCUGCUCUGGCUUCAGCUCUGAGAUCAAACCCCUCACACCUGGGACAACUGUAUCUGUCUGGGAAUAAACUAGGAGACUCGGGAGUGAAGAUGAUUUCUGCUGUACUGGAGAAUCCUCACUGUAAACUGGAGGAUCUGAGGUUGGGGUAUUGUGGUGUCACAGAUGAAGGUUGUGCUGCUCUGGCUUCAGCUCUGAGAUCAAACCCCUCACACCUGAGAAAACUGUAUCUGUCUGGGAAUAAACUAGGAGACUCGGGAGUGAAGAUGAUUUCUGCUGUACUGGAGAAUCCUCACUGUAAACUGGAGGAACUGUGGUUGUGGGAUUGUGGUGUCACAGAUGAAGGUUGUGCUGCUCUGGCUUCAGCUCUGAGAUCAAACCCCUCACACCUGGGACAACUGAAUCUGUCUAGGAAUAAUCUAGGAGACUCAGGAGUGAAGAUGAUUUCUGCUGUACUGGAGAAUCCUCACUGUAAACUGGAGGAACUGAGGUUGAGGGAUUGUGGUGUCACAGAUGAAGGUUGUGCUGCUCUGGCUUCAGCUCUGAGAUCAAACCCCUCACACCUGAGAAAACUGUAUCUGUCUGGGAAUAAUCUAGGAGACUCGGGAGUGAAGAUGAUUUCUGCUGGACUGGAGAAUCCUCGCUGUAAACUGGAGGAUCUGUGGUUGAUGGAUUGUGGUGUCACAGAUGAAGGUUGUGCUGCUCUGGCUUCAGCUCUGAGAUCAAACCCCUCACACCUGAGACAACUGGAUCUGUCUGGGAAUAAACUAGGAGACUCGGGAGUGAAGAUGAUUUCUGCUGGACUGGAGAAUCCUCACUGUAAACUGGAGGAACUGUGGUUGUGGGAUUGUGGUGUCACAGAUGAAGGUUGUGCUGCUCUGGCUUCAGCUCUGAGAUCAAACCCCUCACACCUGAGAAAACUGGAUCUGUCUGAGAAUAAACUAGGAGACUCGGGAGUGAAGAUGAUUUCUGCUGUACUGGAGAAUCCUCACUGUAAACUGGAGGAACUGAGGUUGAUGGAUUGUGGUGUCACAGAUGAAGGUUGUGCUGCUCUGGCUUCAGCUCUGAGAUCAAACCCCUCACACCUGAGACAACUGGAUCUGUCUGGGAAUAAACUAGGAGACUCGGGAGUGAAGAUGAUUUCUGCUGUGCUGGAGAAUCCUCACUGUAAACUGGAGGAUCUGAGGUUGGAGUAUUGUGGUGUCACAGAUGAAGGUUGUGCUGCUCUGGCUUCAGCUCUGAGAUCAAACCCCUCACACCUGAGAGAACUGAAUCUGUCUUGGAAUAAUCUAGGAGACUCGGGAGUGAAGAUGAUUUCUGCUGUACUGGAGAAUCCUCACUGUAAACUGGAGGAUCUGAGGUUGUGGGAUUGUGGUGUCACAGAUGAAGGUUGUGCUGCUCUGGCUUCAGCUCUGAGAUCAAACCCCUCACACCUGAGAAAACUGAAUCUGUCUGGGAAUAAACUAGGAGACUCGGGAGUGAAGCUGAUUUCUGCUGGACUGGAGAAUCCUCACUGUAAACUGGAGGAUCUGAGGUUGAGGGAUUGUGGUGUCACAGAUGAAGGUUGUGCUGCUCUGGCUUCAGCUCUGAGAUCAAACCCCUCACACCUGAGAAAACUGUAUCUGUCUUGGAAUAAACUAGGAGACUCGGGAGUGAAGAUGAUUUCUGCUGUACUGAAGAAUCCUCACUGUAAACUGGAGGAACUGUGGUUGAUGGAUUGUGGUGUCACAGAUGAAGGUUGUGCUGCUCUGGCUUCAGCUCUGAGAUCAAACCCCUCACACCUGAGAGAACUGGAUCUAUCUGAGAAUAAACUAGGAGACUCAGGAGUGAAGAUGAUUUCUGCUGUACUGGAGAAUCCUCACUGUAAACUGGAGGAACUGAGGUUGAUGGAUUGUGGUGUCACAGAUGAAGGUUGUGCUGCUCUGGCUUCAGCUCUGAGAUCAAACCCCUCACACCUGAGACAACUGGAUCUGUCUGGGAAUAAACUAGGAGACUCGGGAGUGAAGAUGAUUUCUGCUGUGCUGGAGAAUCCUCACUGUAAACUGGAGGAUCUGAGGUUGAAGGAUUGUGGUGUCACAGAUGAAGGUUGUGCUGCUCUGGCUUCAGCUCUGAGAUCAAACCCCUCACACCUGAGAAAACUGGAUCUGUCUAGGAAUAAACUAGGAGACUCGGGAGUGAAGCUGAUUUCUGCUGUACUGGAGAAUCCUCACUGUAAACUGGAGAAACUAGAGUUGUGGGAUUGUGGUGUCACAGAUGAAGGUUGUGCUGCUCUGGCUUCAGCUCUGAGAUCAAACCCCUCACACCUGAGAAAACUGUAUCUGUCUGGGAAUAAACUAGGAGACUCGGGAGUGAAGAUGAUUUCUGCUGGACUGGAGAAUCCUCACUGUAAACUGGAGGAUCUGAGGUUGUGGGAUUGUGGUGUCACAGAUGAAGGUUGUGCUGCUCUGGCUUCAGCUCUGAGAUCAAACCCCUCACACCUGAGAAAACUGAAUCUGUCUUGGAAUAAACUAGGAGACUCGGGAGUGAAGAUGAUUUCUGCUGUACUGGAGAAUCCUCACUGUAAACUGGAAGAACUGUGGUUGAGGGAUUGUGGUGUCACAGAUGAAGGUUGUGCUGCUCUGGCUUCAGCUCUGAGAUCAAACCCCUCACACCUGAGAGAACUGUAUCUGUCUAGGAAUAAUCUAGGAGACUCGGGAGUGAAGAUGAUUUCUGCUGGACUGGAGAAUCCUCACUGUAAACUGGAGGAUCUGGGGUUGAGGGUUUGUGGUGUCACAGAUGAAGGUUGUGCUGCUCUGGCUUCAGCUCUGAGAUCAAACCCCUCACACCUGAGAAAACUGGAUCUGUCUUGGAAUAAACUAGGAGACUCGGGAGUGAAGAUGAUUUCUGCUGUACUGGAGAAUCCUCACUGUAAACUGGAGAAUCUGUGGUUGGAGUAUUGUGGUGUCACAGAUGAAGGUUGUGCUGCUCUGGCUUCAGCUCUGAGAUCAAACCCCUCACACCUGAGAGAACUGAAUCUGUCUUGGAAUAAUCUAGGAGACUCGGGAGUGAAGCUGAUUUCUGCUGUACUGGAGAAUCCUCACUGUAAACUGGAGGAACUAGAGUUGAGGGUUUGUGGUGUCACAGAUGAAGGUUGUGCUGCUCUGGCUUCAGCUCUGAGAUCAAACCCCUCACACCUGAGACAACUGUAUCUGUCUGUGAAUAAACUAGGAGACUUGGGAGUGAAGAUGAUUUCUGCUGUACUGGAGAAUCCUCACUGUAAACUGGAGAAACUGUGGUUGUGGUAUUGUGGUGUCACAGAUGAAGGUUGUGCUGCUCUGGCUUCAGCUCUGAGAUCAAACCCCUCACACCUGAGAGAACUGUAUCUGUCUGGGAAUAAUCUAGGAGACUCAGGAGUGAAGAUGAUUUCUGCUGUACUGGAGAAUCUUCACUGUAAACUGGAGGAACUGUGGUUGAGGGAUUGUGGUGUCACAGAUGAAGGUUGUGCUGCUCUGGCUUCAGCUCUGAGAUCAAACCCCUCACACCUGAGAGAACUGUAUCUGUCUGAGAAUAAUCUAGGAGACUCGGGAGUGAAGCUGAUUUCUGCUGUACUGGAGAAUCCUCACUGUAAACUGGAGGAACUAGAGUUGAGGGAUUGUGGUGUCACAGAUGAAGGUUGUGCUGCUCUGGCUUCAGCUCUGAGAUCAAACCCCUCACACCUGAGACAACUGGAUCUGUCUAGGAAUAAACUAGGAGACUCGGGAGUGAAGAUGAUUUCUGCUGUACUGAAGAAUCCUCACUGUAAACUGGAGAAACUGAGGUUGAGUUAUUGUGGUGUCACAGAUGAAGGUUGUGCUGCUCUGGCUUCAGCUCUGAGAUCAAACCCCUCACACCUGAGACAACUGCAUCUGUCUGAGAAUAAACUAGGAGACUCGGGAGUGAAGAUGAUUUCUGCUGGACUGGAGAAUCCUCACUGUAAACUGGAGGAACUGUGGUUGAGGGAUUGUGGUGUCACAGAUGAAGGUUGUGCUGCUCUGGCUUCAGCUCUGAGAUCAAACCCCUCACACCUGAGAGAACUGGAUCUGUCUGAGAAUAAACUAGGAGACUCAGGAGUGAAGCUGCUCUCUGAUCUGAAGGAUGAUCCACAUUAUAAACUGCAGACACUAAGGACAUGACAGUCUGAUCUCUCAUGAUCAUCUGAUGGUGAAUAAGGAUCCACUACAGAGACUCACAGUCAACAGAAUCAACAGACUGAAGAUACAGUGACUUCACUGUUAUAAAUUAAGACUUCAUUUAGAUUUCAACGAUCCUCUGACAGACCUGAUGAGGUGGCAGUGAAGCACCUUUUAUUUCAGAGCAGCAAAUUACAGUUUCUCAUUCAUUGAUUAACCAUUUUAUUUGUAUAAAUGCACUGUAUAAAUUCAAAAAGGUUGGAGUUUUGUUACAGAGAAAAUAUAGAGCCUGAAUAUAUUUGUGUUUGUGUUUUACCAGCAGAGGGAGACAAAGACAAAUGAAAGAUUAAUUUUUCAUGAUUAUGGA